CUGUAUUUGUCAUUUUGGUAAUUUGUUUCACUAUAGUGACAUCAGACGAUAAACAGCAAAUGCAUUUUGAAGAAGGGCCACAUGAAGACAGUUUUAGGAUUACAAAUGCAUUUCUAUACGUAUUUGAAACUGUACAAAGGGCUUAAAUAACAGUUAUUUCUGGACCACCAGGUUGCGGGAAAACAUCAAUGGCCCGUCUCGCUGCUGUGAAAUUGGGAGAAACAGACAACUAUAGAGUAAUAUUUGAAUCAAAUCCGACAAAACUUAUUUUUUCAAUAGAUAUAUCAACGAAACAAAUAUUCGUGAUAGACGAUAUCGUAGGGAAGUAUUCUUUAAACGACUAUAGUUUACAGACGUGGAGAGCAGAGGCUAAUUCAAUUAAACAAAUUAUAACUAAAAGUUUGAAUACUAAAUUGAUUUUGACAUGUAGAUCAUAUAUUUAUAGGAAUGAACAAUUCAGUUUAUUAAAACUUCCUCAUAUUCAUUGCGAUAUGUUGGCAGAUGAAAUAAUUUUGACAGAAGAAGAAAGGCGAUUAAUAUGCAGGUGUUAUCAUUCUGCAGAAGAAAUCCAGUUACUUCACGAUGACGUUAUAACGUUAUAUCAUUUUCUUCCUUUGAUUUGUAUGCAGUAUAGAAUUCAAGACAAGAACACAAUAAAUGAUUACUUUAUAUAUCCCAAAGCUAUUAUUGAAAAUGAAAUGAAUGAACUAAGGCUUUCGUCCGAUCCUUGUUUCAUCGCAUUGGGUUUGCUAGUUAUAUUUAACAACAGUAUAGAUAAACAAUCACUAACAUUGUACGACAAGAAUCAAACUACCAAAAUCAGAAUUACUGACGUUUUGAAUGAUAUGCUUCAAGAUAUAGAUUAUAGAUAUGUUGUAUCAUUGAAAGCUAUCUCUGCCAGCCUAUCACUUUUGGAAAAUAUAUAUACAAAAGAAACAGCUUUAACGUUUACCUGCAUAAACAAAUCCAUGUUUGAUAUGUUAGUGGAGACUGUUGGCAGACAUUUUAUACCAUGUAUACUGAAGUAUAGUAACAGUGGAUUCAUUAAAGAAUACGUUGAGGUUGUUCUAUUUCCCACGGACGGAAAACGUCAUACCAUUAAAAUUGAAAGUAGAUAUACAAAAAUGUACUUCAGGCGAAUUAUAGAUGACAUUAAUAAUGGCUUUAACGAAGAAGUUUUUGGGACUGUUCAAAUGAAAUGUAAAUAUUACCAGGUAUAUCUUUUAGAAAACAUUUUAGAAAUUGAAAAGCCUACAUUAUGUAAAUCAAAAAAGGACGGAACAACAGUGUUGCACGUUACAGUCCAACUUGGAUACUAUGAUCUCUCAUCCUUUUUUGUUAAAAAUGAUAAGUCACUGGUUAAUUCUAAAGACAACACUGGUAAGACUCCUUUACAUAUGGCGUGUUUGAAGGGCAAUGCAGUUUUAGCUAAAUUUUUGAUAAAAUAUAAUGCCAAAGUUAACCAAAUGGAUACUGAUAAAGUGACACCAUUUAUGUUAGCCUGUCGGUCUGGUGAAAUCGAACUGAUAAAGUUUCUUCUCACACAGCAAGUUCAUAUCAAUGCAUGUAAUUCAUUAGGAUCCACUCCACUUCUAGAAGCAUGCAUUCAAAACAACGUCAAAGUGUUUUCUCUGUUACUCCAAAAUAAAGCCAAGGUUGAUUGUUUUAAUAAAAAUGGUGAUACUCCGUUACAUUUAGCAUGUCAGUCUGGACAGACUGAAAUCCUGAACCUGUUAAUAAAAUAUGAUAUAGAUACAUGUAUCAAUAAGCCGAAUGUCAAAGGUUACACCCCGUUUUAUUUAGCUAUAAGUAAUGGACAUAAAGAAAUUGCUAAUAUUCUGUUCAAACAUGGGGCUGAUCCAAAACAUACAAACAAAAAUGAGGAUACUCCGUUGCAUUUAUUAUGUCAAAAUGGACAGACUGAAAUCGUCAACCUGUUAAUGAAAUUUAAUGUAAAUACCUGUUUAAAUAAACCAAAUGGGAAAGGUUUUACCCCGUUUUAUUUAGCUUUGAGUAAUAGAUAUUACAAAACCGCUAAUAUUCUAGUCAGGUAUGGCGCAGAUCCAAAUAUUCCAAACGCAGAUGGAUUUACGCCUUUACACAUCGCAUGUGAGACAAAUGAAUUAGAUCUUGUUAAAACGUUACUAGAACAAUAUCAUGUAGAAUUCAAUAAAGAAGAUGAUAAAGGCAGAACUCCACUUGUUGUUUCCGAAAUUCAUAAACACGAAGAUAUAUCCGAAUUACUAAUUGAAAGAGAACAAAGAGACGAAAACAUAGUCAGUAUUCCGAUUAUAAGUACAUCAACUUGUUAAUAGGAUUGAGAUGUUUAAAGUAUAUUUACUUUUAAUGUAUAAUCUAUUUCGAAUACUAGUUACUAUAAGUGUUAAUCAAUAACAACAUGAACAAUUUCAAGACUUGUUUUUAGAAUAUUAUGUUUCUUAAAUACAAAUGAUUGUAAAUGGGUAGUGACUUUCACAAUUUAAAAAAGAAAGGAAGGAAGUAAUCUUUGUUACUUAGAAAAAACAGAAAUUUAGUUGCUUAAGCAAUUGCAUGACAACUUUAAGCAUCAUGUGUAAUGAAUUAUGGGUAGACGUAUCACUUUAUCGUGUUUGACAUUAUGCUGAAAACGAACUAAUAUAUAUUCACUGCAUGUCUACAAAUUAGAAAGAAAAAACAAAAGAUCAACGGUCCUUGUGUUUGAACAUUUAUGUUUGAGUAUUUAGUUAAAAACGAGUGUGGAACAAAAUUAUUGUAUCUCAAUUGAUAGAAUCAUAUUGAAAUAUAAAUAUGUAUAUUAUUACUUUUUUCGUAUCAAUAAUCAUAAAUCCUUAUUAUGACUAAUAGGGUAUCAAAUAUGAAAUAAAAUUAAAUUAAAUUAAAUAUGUAUGUUUGAUGGCAUUCUAUUUAAAUCUUAAGUUAUUUUUUAUUUUGUUAGUAUUUUUAUUGUCCUAUGUUGUUUGCAAAAACAGGCCUUUUUCAAUAUAAAUGUUAUAUCUUGUCCUAACAACAUCUUGGGUAUGGUAAACAUAUGAUUUGCGUUAUUAUAGGGCUGACAUUGUGUGAUUUUUCCUUGAACGUUAAUAUGAGUUGUUGAAAAUGAUGACCGAUGAACACAAAUUAAGCCAUAGCAUGAUAUUUUUCGAUACUAUUGUUCUUGAGAAAUGUACAAAAGUUACUGGUAAUCAACAAAAAAAAAAAAACGAAUCAAAAAUAAAAAUUAUGUUUUUAAUGACAUUUGAAAUAUCUUUAAAGGAACAAAUUGAACGACUUGAUUCAAUAGUCAUUUUCAACUUGAAUGUUUGUUUGCAAAUAGGUAUUUCUUAGCACUAUUUUUUAUUCUCAUUUAAACUUUAAACAAAUUGAAUGGAAUGACCUUUUUUAUCUAGUCAUAUUAAAAUGUAUCUUCACUAUAGCUUAACAUGUAAAUGUCACAUAUGUCCAAUGUUACUUUACAUGAAAUGCAAAAAAUAAAAAUCAUAUAAAUAUGGAA